AAAGUGGCACAAGACUGCGUUUUCGACUACGAGGAGCAAGACAAGGAGGAGAUCAAGCGGUUCGCGGAGAUUCGGGACCGGGAGUGGGCUCUCCAGAAAAAGCUGGAUGAGAGCAGGGAGAAGGAACGGGAUGAGGACUACCACCAUUUCAGCAAGAAACGGAAGAAGAGCAAACAUUCGAAGAACGACUGCGUGUACAAGAAGCGGAAACUUCAUGCCGAAAUCACAAACGAAGAAGAGUUGAAGUUGAAGGUCAAGUUGACGCCACACAAUGGCCACAAGCACAAACACCACAAAAGUGAGAUGAGUAGCAAGGAAAAGUUGCUACAGAUGAGACAAGUGAGACACAAACACGUCACAAGUGAAGAUAAGAACGUCCAAACGGCAAGCACCGAACCCCCAACUGCUGACAAAAAACCAGAACCUGAAGAAAUCAACGGAGAGAAGAAAGAAGAAACGAAGGAAGCAAAAGAACCGAAAAAACCGAUACCUGACCUCGCCCCCAAGACACUCCGUAGCGAUUUCCCCGCCAAAACCCUAAACAAAGAAUGGGGACAUAGAGUACCAACCGUACAAAUCGAACGAAAUGAACAGACGGAACAACAAGCCAAAAAAACCUUCCUCAAGUCGUACCAAGCCUACGCCGAAAAGUACCAAAAAACAAUCGAGAAGACCCAAAGUGCCAACAGACCCGCGUCAACCCUUGAGCGAAAAAUCGCCAACUUGCAACAAAGAUGCACCAUCGAAGCCAAACCCCCCGAGAAACCCCCCCAGUACCCCCCUGGCUUCACCGUGAGCAAAAUCGAGAGUGGGGUCCCCAACAACAAGGAGGAAAAACGGGAGGAGAAACGCCCAAGUCUCGAAAUCACCCUAAUCAACCCCCCUGAAGUCAAACCCCCCAAGCGGCCCCCUCCCGCCACGAUCCCCCUCGACAGGAUUAAGAAAUCCCUCAUUUUCAAAACUGGGAUUAGCAUUAUCCCCAAGGACAACAUCGGGGCGCUUGACUUAUCGGCGAAGCCGCCCAGCAAGGAGGGGGACCCCCCGAAUGGGUUCGCGCCCCCCAAGGACACCAAGAACUUGUCCAAUCUCCAGAUGCUGUCAAAAGUGGCAACGGAACACCCCUCCCUUAACAAACCCAAGCCAAGGCCACAACUCCCCAACCUCCAAACCCUUAAAAUCCCGUCGCCGAAUCAGAGGAUUCCCCCAAACCUUAAACUGAUAAAUAAAGGGCAGUUUCGGAUGAUGAAUCCGCAAAUCAGGAACUUGAGGCCGAAUCAGAAUCAGUCGAUUCGGAAUAUUCCGAAUCCGAGUCUUGUCGUGCGUCAGCAACAGAAUCGGAUCAAUUCGAUGAAUCCGGUGCCAGCGCCGAGCAAUAACGUGGAGAAUAAGGAGAAGAAAGAGCCGGAAAGUAAACCGGAAGUUUCGGUUUGAAGGCCGGAUGUACUGAAGGUCCCAGUGAGUUACGUUAUGUUCCUAAUUUAAGACUUUUGUUAUGGUUUUGUUGUGUUGUGAUUGUUUCAUGUUGCACUUUUUUAAUUCGGUCACUUUGUUUCGAUGUUAUCGAUGUAUGAGGUCGCUCAGACUGUACUUAUUCAUUAUUAUAUAAAUAUGUAUAUCGUAGCUAUGUUUAAGUAGGUUUUAGGAGUAUGUGUAUGUAUAGAACACUCUGUAUAUAAUUAAAAAUUGAUUAAAUGAAUGUACCAGAA